AUGGUUGUCCCAGAUGCUAACGGAAUAGACUUGCUAAGAGAACAUGCCUUCUACGAAUAUGGAAACAAAGAGUUCCAAUCAGUCUUGGACUUCGACUACAAGUUCGCCUUGGACCAAUUCGUCAAUCACCAAACUAGUGGCCCAAUAUUUCUAUUGUUUGGUCUAAUAGCUGCCAUAGCAUCCAUAUACCUCUUCAUAUCACAUCUCAACAAGAAAAAACGCUCAAGUAUACUAGACUACAGUUCAAAUAUCAAGGAACAAACAAUUUCAUAUGAUAUAGAAUCUGGUCCACCCUCCUUAUCUUACUCAAAUUCAUCAACACCAACAAAUUCUCCAGAUUUAUCAAAAGAUUCUCAAAAGAUUAGAACUUUUAGAUUCGAUGAUUACCAACCUUACAAGCAAGCAUAG